CAGAAACUCGCUGCACACUCUAAGGAGUGCCUCCUGUCUAAGGUCUCAAACAAGAGGAAGAACAAGUCUAACAAGUCUGUUCUCAAACUCAGUGCAGACAGAGAGCACCCUCACAUUGAGCAGUGAAAGUCCUCACACACAGCCACCAGUGAAAGUGUUCAGACCAAUGUCUGCUCUGAUGGGCUCUUAUUCCACCUGGUCAGAAGGUUUGGACUGCUCCACCAUGGAUGGGGACCUCUCAGAUGGCCUGUCUCCUCACAGAGCUCCCCGGGAGAAGGGAUCUGAAACCCGAAUCAGGAGACCCAUGAAUGCCUUCAUGGUUUGGGCUAAGGAUGAGAGGAAGAGAUUGGCUGUGCAGAACCCAGACCUUCACAAUGCUGAGCUCAGCAAGAUGUUAGGUAAGACAUGGGACCCACUGAGUCACAAUAAAUACUGGAAAAACUAAUCUAGAAACAAAUGUGGAUAACCCCUAUUUUAAUCCAGGAAUUCGUUAAUCUGCAUUGUAUGAAUUUGCAGAUCAUUUAAAUGCGAUAAAAAUAGAACUCUAGUAACUGGCUUUGCAGAAUUACCUUGUAACUAGGUAUAAGUACUUUUAUUUUGUUAUAUUUAUAUAUUCUAUAUACAUUGGCUGUAGACAAAGCAUUUACAACACAUUCGGCUAGUGGAAUUAGCAACAAAUUCUAUUGUUACCAACACAUUACUGGAUCAUCUUGUAUCAUGAGAUUGCUAAAACAUGCAAAACCUCAACAAAAUGAAUCCAGAUCUCCCCUUUACAAACGAAUGACUUCAAUAAAACUACAGCUGUGAAUUUGGUAAUACAUAGUAAUAAUAGCUAGUAUGAUGUGAAAAUGUGGAUUAUUUUACUAUGCAGACUUCGAACUAGUUUAGUGUGCUAUUUUGUGUGUGUGUGUGUGUGUGUGUGUAUAUAUAUAUUUUAUUUUUUUAAAUCUAAAUCUGCACGGACAGUGAUGUAGGUACACUGUGAUACACUGAAUAUUUAUGUACACACACACGCAUUAUUUUAUUCCCCACAGAUCUCCAGUUAAUUUGUACACAUAUAGAAAAAGUGCUUCUGCAAAUAUACCUAUAUUAACUCUAACGUUCUAUCCUCUUUUUCUGGCAAAUAAUAAAAUAUAUUUUUAUAUAUAUUUUAAUAAUACUACCAGCAAUAACCCUAAUUAUAACAUUACAUAACUGGUAAAAUUAACCCCAGAAUUGUUCUCACAGAAUAAAUAGGGGGUUCAUACACUCAGUAAAUAGUGAGUUUGAUGCUCCAGAACCAAAUUACAACGUGCAGAAAAAGUGGAGUUGGGGAAAUAAAUCUUCAAGGAGUGGAGAUUAAGAUUUACUUUUUUUGCAAUUAUUUUAUUUUAAACGAAUCAAUGUUUAGUGAAUAAUCCCCAUUAUGUCUGCAUGUUUUGUGUGUGUGUAUCCAGUAAUUGGGGAAGGGGCAUUUAGAGCCAGUGUGUCUAGUUAUACAAUAUAUUGUUACAUUUUGUAAAGCAGUCUAGGUAAGAAUUGUUCCACAAAGCGAUACAUUGUUAUAAAGUGUAUUUUUGAUAUUUUUUUUAUUUAUGAUGGUUUUUUUUACCAUACACGGAGUGAUAUUAAGAGGAAUGUGCUGAAGUUAAGCAGUGAAUUGCUGUCAAUUUGGGUGGAUUACUGUAGAUCCCCCAUUCAGGUCUCCUCCUGCCCCAGGAUCAGUCUCUCUCACACUUGUUUGUGAGUUUGUCUGUCUCUGAGACUUUAAAGGAAACGCUUUGAUUGAACGGAUUACAGAGACAACUUUGUUUUUAUUGAAAUAAACACCCCGUCUGGGUCACAGACUGGAGUCUAUCGCGCGAUUUACUAACACAACGCUAAUAUUAAGCUGCCUCACUAUGUGUCUUUGUUGAUUUCUAUAGCCAUAUACAAAGCACAAUUCCAUAUAUCAACAUUUUAAUGUGAAAGAUUAGGGAAAUGUGUGUACACCCCUUAUUAACCUGGAGCUGAAAUAGCAAUGUUUACACUGUAACGAUUAUUGUCAAUAUAGUCCAAUAUUCACGAGAAUUGUCACAUUUCGUUUUGCUAAUCAGAUUUUAAUUACUUAUGUUUCUUCUAAUAUUUUAACAUCUCACUUUCAACUGAAUAGAUAUUAAAAAUGUGGAAUUAGAGUGAUUUGUGGUAACCGGUAAAAGCUACUUGUUAGUUUGAGUAAAUGGCUAUCGAUUUAGGUUCAAUAGGAAACAAUUCCACAAAGAAUCCUACAUGUCUGUAUCUCUGUCUUAAUAAUAAUUAUCCUUAUUAUUAUUAUUAUUAUUAUUGUCAACAUAUUCAGCAGCGUUUUCAUUUAUAGAAUAGGGUAUCUGACAAAAAGCAAAUGACAUGCAGAAUAUACCAGAGAGGGGAAAAGCCCUGCUCGAACGAGUUUACAAUCUUACUGUAUUUCGAUGAAUUUCUGUUUGGCAAUGUGUCUGUAUAUAUAUAUAUAUAUGUGUGUGAUUGUAUAGGCCUGUAUGUGGUUUAUGUUUCUAGUCUAUUGAUUUCCAUGGCAUGUCUUUGUGUUUAAUUAUUCCAUGUAGAAUAGGAAGUCCUAUGGUAGGAGUGAUAAGAGUGCUCAGUGUUUUCUUAGUGUUAUUCUAAGUGGCUCAUUAAGCAGUAUCUGUUGUGUGGAUGUGUGCAUCCUGUGAGCUGUCCUGGUCUCUAAUGGCUGUGUUUUGUGUCCUGUUGUUUGAUGUGCAGGGAAGUCCUGGAAAGCCCUGACUCCCACCCAGAAGAGGCCCUAUGUAGAAGAAGCGGAGAGGCUGAGGGUCCAACACAUGCAAGACUACCCCAACUAUAAGUACAGACCCCGCAGAAAGAAGCAGAUCAAACGCAUCUGUAAGAGGAUGGACACCGGCUUCCUGCUCAGCACCCUGUCCAGGGACCAGGACUCUCGCCCAGAGAGCAGGGGUGGUAGGGCAGGAGGGGAUAUAGAAGACAGUCCUGGCUAUCACCCAGGGGUGGCCCUCACUGACAUCAGGGGCUACAGAGAGUCUCCGGGUAAUAGCACCAAACAUGAUCAAACAUAUCCUUAUGGGCUGCCCACCCCACCUGAGAUGUCUCCUCUGGAGGUUAUUGACCAAGAGCAGAGUUUCUACCCAUCAUCUUGUUCUGAAGAUCACCAUUCUCACCUCAUUGGGAACACUUCAUACCCCAAUGAAUAUACAAGAAAUCCCAUUCUCUGCGGCCACCUCAACCAAAUAUCCCUUCCCCCAAAUGGGCCUUCAAUGAUCCCAACUGUAGCCAGUUGUCCCCCACCAUAUUUUAAUUCUACUUAUCACUCUAUGCACCACAACUACCAUGCCCACCUUGGCCAACUCUCCCCUCCACCUGAACACCCCCAGUACGACGCUAUAGAUCAAAUCAGCCAAGCAGAUCUUCUGGGAGAUAUGGACAGAAAUGAGUUUGAUCAGUAUUUAAAUACCUCUCGACACGAAUCUGGUGAAAUGACAUUACAUGGGCACAUCCCGGUUUCACAUGCCCCAGACCUACACCCUCCUGAGAACAGCCUUAUCUCUGUCCUGGCAGAUGCAACAGCAACAUACUACAACAGCUACAGUGUUUCCUAGGCAUCUCCUGGAAGUGUGAAUACAAACAGUGUUACUGGCAUCUUCUCUACUAAGCUAUGGACAUUCACUGUAAGGUCUCAGGGUUGUCUGAGAAUUGUCUCACACAUUUUCUGAGUUUGUGAUGAUCUUCAAACACCUUUAGUAUGGCUCUCAGCCACUCUGUAGGUAUUUCAUAGGGCUCAUUUAAUGUGAUCCCUGUAUGUAAAGGAGAUUGUGUUCGAAGAUCUGGACAGGAUGAGAUAAUUUAAUCAUGGACUUUUAAAACAAAUAAGACAUUUUUAAAUCUAUUUUUUUUUUUUUUUUUUUAGCACAAAUGUCCACCUUUUGUUUCUUUUAAACACUGGUCACAAUGUGAGAAAAUGAAAGACAAAUAUAUAAGUUGUGGGCACUUAAAUGUUUCAUUUGUAAGUACACUUUCUGCUGCAGAUUAUUUGAAGAAGGAAGUUGUAGUACAUUAAUCCGUUUAUUGAAACUAAUAUUUAAAUAAGACAACGAAUGUUUGGUGAAAAUUUUGUUCAGAUUAAAAAAAUAUAUAUAUGUAUAAAAAAAAAAACCACUUUGUUUCUUAUUGCAUAACACAAACUAUUUGUGAUAUGUUGUAACUUUGACGCUCCAAUUCUUGUUAUAUUGUUCAUUAAAAUAAUGGACUUGCAUUCUUCAAUGACAUGUUUACUGUCUGCCAUUUGGGAAUCGGUAGUGAGAAUGGUUUGCAAAGCUGAAACUGCACUGUUAAUAUUAGACUUUAAAUCCACGUUAAAAACUCCCAGUAUAUCUAGCUGUACCUGACCUGUAUUUUGAAUGGAUGUACAUAUGGUUCGCCAUGAAUAUUUAAUUUAAGUAUGUUUUUUUUAUACAAUAAACCACAUUGUGAACUUUAAUAAAACAA